AGCAGGACCCCACCAGGAGAAUCGGGGCAAACCCGAAACAUGCUCAGCGUCAACACGUCCUGCUGCGGGGACAAGCCCGAGCGGGUCCCCGGGCUCCCAGCCCCACAGCAGCCACCGCCAGCAUGAACGUCACUGGGACAGCGGGGAACCAGAGCUGCGCUGGCGAGGAGCCCGUCCUGCUGCCCACCUUCUCCACUGCGGCCAAGGUGCGGGUGGCCGUCACGUGCCUCCUCUUUCUCUCCUCGGCUUGCUGCAAUGGUGCCGUGCUCUGGUCAGCCGCCCGGGCGCCGCGGCGGUGUCCACCCCGCAUCCGUGUCCUGAUGGCCAACCUGGCGAUGGCUGAUCUGCUGGUGACGGUGGUGGUGAUGCCGUUGGACGCCGCCUGGAACAUCACUGUGCAGUGGUACGGGGGGGAUGCGGCGUGCCGGGUGCUCAUGUUCCUCAAGUUGGCUGCCAUGUAUGCCUCGGCCUUUGUCACCGUCGUCAUCGCCUUGGACCGUCACACCGCCAUCGUCAACCCAUUGGCAGUGGGCUGUGCCGAGAGGAGGAACAAGGUGAUGCUGUGUGCGGCGUGGGUGCUCAGCGCUGUGCUGGCUCUGCCCCAGGUGUUUAUCUUCCGCACGGUGAGCCGGUCGCAGCCCCGCCAUUUUGUGCAGUGUGCGACGGUGGGCAGCUUCAGGGCACACUGGCAGGAGACGCUCUACAACAUGUUCACCUUCGCCUGCCUCUUCCUCCUGCCCCUGCUCGUCAUGGUGCUCUGCUAUGGCCGCAUCCUCGCCGCCAUCUCGGGCAGGAUGAAGGACACCCGCGUGUCCUCCCAGGAGAUCCAGCUCCGUCGAUCCUACGACAACAUCCCCCGGGCCAGGAUGCGCACGCUAAAGAUGUCCAUCGUCAUCAUCCUGACCUUCAUUGUCUGCUGGACACCCUACUACCUCCUGGGCCUCUGGUACUGGUUCUCCCCCGAGAUGCUGACCCAGGGGAAGGUGCCGCCAUCUCUCAGCCACAUCCUCUUCCUCUUCGGCCUCUUCAAUACGUGCCUGGAUCCCCUCAUCUAUGGGCUCUUCACGGUGCAUUUUCGCAGGGAGAUGUGGCGCACUUGCCGCUGCAGCCGCCGCCGGCACAAGCAGGAGGUUGCCUCCGCCCUCAGCGGUUCCUUCCGCGUCUCCACCACGGCCGUGCCGGCCAGGAGAGCCGGCAACAGCCUGGGGGGAUCCGGAAAGCACGAGCUGGAGGUGAUGGCGGAUGCAGCUCUGCCAGGACGGAGGUGUGAGCUGUGCCGGAGGAGGACAGUGGAGAGCUUCAUGUGAUGGGGAGGCCAGGCUGGACCCGUGGCAGAGCAAGGGGAACCCCCCAAAAGUGGGCUGGGGGGAGACACAAGAGGUCUGUGCCACCACAAAGGCACUCAACAAUAAACUUUGAUUAUUUUCUCAGCAGGACCCUGUCUUUGGGCCAAGGGAUGGUUUAACCAGAGCCGGCACUGUGGCAUCACCGGCAUGUUUCUGUGCCGGGCAGGGUCUAAUGGCACCACCAACGUGUGAGGAGCAAUAAGCCAGAAGCAAGGCACCCCGUGUCAGGCAGAAAGCAAAAUCUGGGGCAGAAAUUCCUUUAAAAGAUGCCGCUGGGGCUCCUUGGGGAAAAAAAAAAAACAAA